AUGUUGGGCGUCCUGAUUUUCAACUCCUCUGUUGUACCCUAUGGACCCUGUUUGCUGCAGUUGUCUAUGGUGGGCUAUCUUGGGGUUUUGGAGGGCAAUCUUUUGAUAGUUAUGGCCUGUGACCGCUAUGUAGCUGUGGUUUAUCCCCUGAGGUAUCCAUUGAUUGUUACGAGUAAAGUCGUCUGGGGCAGCAUCUUCCUGGUGAACAUUAUUGGUGUGGUGAUCGUCACGCCAUACAUGGUUUAUGUAAGAGAACUCUCCUUUUGUCGCACCAAUGUCUUGCCUUUCUGUUUCUGUGACUAUGCAACAAUGGUUCAAAUCGCAUGUACCGAUGACCCCAAGUACGCUGUCCUUCUGUCAACCACAACAGUGAUAACUGCGACAUACGGAGUGACAUUGAUCUUCUUUUCCUACUACAAAAUCGCUCAAGCAGCUCUGAAAAUCUCCUCCGUUAAAGGGAAACAGAAGGUCUUCAGUACCCUGCUGACCCACCUGCUGGUGGUGGGCCUCUUCUAUUUCCCUCUGAUGAUCUCCUACAUACUCCCUGGAGUCGGGGUGAAGCUGUCGGCUGAAGCCUGCACUUCUUUAAUCAUUGUAGCCAUCCUAGUCCCUCCGAUGAUGAAUCCCUUAAUCUACAGCUUUAGAAAUAAGGAAAUAAAAAGCAGCAUCCGCCGACUUUUCACAGGAAUGAGAACAAAUCCUGAAAUUGAGGAUCCAUAG